ACAGUAACUACUUCUUGAGGACGCGGGACUUCUUCUUGAUGACACACAACAAGAUGUUUCUCCGGUGUCAUCCUGGAUUCUCAGAUGCUUCUGCGGCUGCAGCAAUAUUCAUCUUCUUGCUGGUAAUGCUUGCCUCUGGAGCCACUUUGGUAUCAGAUGAAGUGGAAGUUUUGAAGGAAAUUGCAAAAACAUUAGGGAAGACUGAUUGGGAUUUCAGCGUAGAUCCCUGUAGUGGACAAUCAAACUGGAGAAAUACUACUGCACCAAAGGAGUUUGCGAAUGCGGUUACUUGUGAUUGUUCCUUUGAAGAUAACACUACCUGUCAUGUCAGUAGUAUAGUAUUGAAAUCACUGAGUCUUCCGGGAACACUGCCAGCAGAAUUGGUCAAACUCCCUUACCUCCGUGAGUUUGAUGUUUCUCGGAACUGCCUUUCUGGUAAUAUCCCUCCAAUAUGGGGUACCAUGCAGCUUGUGAACAUGUCCCUCUAUGGUAACCGCAUAUCAGGAAUAAUACCAAAAGAACUUGGAAACAUCAGCACACUUGUGAAUCUAACUUUGGACUUCAAUCAGUUGUCUGGACCUAUACCUCCAGAGCUUGGGAAUCUUACACGCUUAAAAAAACUAACUCUUACCUCGAAUGAUUGGAGUGGGGAGUUGCCUGUGACAUUGGCUAAGUUGACCGCCUUGACCAUUUUUCGGAUUGGUGGCUGCAACUUGACGGGAAGUAUUCCUAAUUUCAUCGAAAACUGGAAAAGUAUACAGAAUUUAGUGAUCCAGGGUAGUGGUUUAAGUGGGCCAAUCCCACCUGGCAUUGCUUCUUUAACAAAUUUAACUGAUUUGAGAAUUAGUGAUUUGAGUGGAAAUGAGACUGCUUUUCCUCUCUUUAGCAAUGCGACUAAUAUGACGACGCUGAUAUUGAGGAGUUGCAAUAUAGCAGGGCAGUUACCAGACUAUCUUGGCUCCCUGGCACACUUGAAAGUCUUGGACGUCAGUUUCAACAAAAUUAGUGGACAAAUUCCAAGAAACUUAGACACUUCAAACACGGUUUUCAUGUACCUCACAGGAAACAACAUCAUGGGAUCUAUCCCUGACGGGAUGCUCAAUAGCAGAGUGUAUAGAGACGUUUCAUACAACAAUUUUACUCCUUCAAAUUCAGGAUCCUCGAGUUGCCAAGCCACGAACUUGAACUUAUUCGCUAGCUCUUGGAAGAACAACAAAUCGAUCACGUUUCCAUGCUUGCAGAGUUUCCAAUGUCAGCAAAACUGGUCCUCUUUACAUAUAAAUUGUGGUGGAAGAGAAGUAAAAAUUGGUGAUACGAGCUACGAAGACGAUUCACAGCCUGGAGGGCCAUCAAAAUUCUACCAGAGUGGAACGAACUGGGGAUUUAGCAGCACUGGUCACUUCAUGGAUAAUAAAAACGAGUCUCUGACAUAUGUCCUGAGUAAUGGUUCAAGAUUUUCAGGGAAUGACGCAAAUGAUUUAUACUCGGAAGCAAGACUUUCUCCUCUUUCACUGACGUAUUAUGGGUUCUGUCUGCUAAAUGGAAACUACAUGGUAAAGCUUCACUUUGCUGAAAUCAAGUUUACUGAUGAUAAAACAUACCGCAGCCUCGGAAAGCGCAUAUUUGAUAUACACAUUCAGGGAAAGUUGAUCCGGAAAGACUUCAAUAUUGAGACCACAAUAGGUGGCGUCAAUAAACCUUUAGUUCUAAACAUUCCUGCUGUAGUUAUUGACAGUACAUUAGAGAUCCGCUUCUACUGGGCUGGAAAAGGAACGACUGAUAUCCCCUACAAGGGAGUGUAUGGUCCUCUAAUAUCUGCCAUUUCUGUGGAUCACGUACCAUCACAACAUGGCGUAUCAGUAGGUGCCAUAGUUGGGAUUGUACUUGCAGUUCUGUUUACCGUAUCUCUGGUUCUAGCCAUACUUGGGUGGAAAUUCCGCAUGCAACCCAGCCCAACAACGCAGCAAGAUGUAAGAGGUCUAGAUCAACAAACAGGAUCAUUCACCCUGAGACAAAUCAAGUACGCAACAAACAACUUUGAUUCUUCCAAUAUAAUUGGAAAAGGUGGUUUUGGUUCUGUCUACAAGGGAAAUCUGUCUGACGGAACCAUCAUUGCGGUAAAGCAGCUUUCUUCCAAAUCGACCCAAGGAAACCGUGAAUUUCUGAAUGAAAUAGGCGUGAUUUCUGCUGUACAACACCCUAAUCUCGUAAAGCUCUAUGGAUGCUGCGUCGAGGGAGACCAAUUGUUGCUUGUAUACGAGUACAUGGAAAAUAACAGCCUUGGUCGUGCAUUGUUUGGUCUUGAAGAGCACCAGUUGGAAUUAGAUUGGCCAACAAGGCGUAAGAUCUGUGUUGGUAUAGCAAGAGGUUUGGCCUAUCUCCAUGGAGAAUCGAGGUUGAAGAUUGUCCAUAGAGACAUCAAAGCCAGCAAUGUGCUACUUGAUAAGGAGCUAAAUCCUAAGAUAUCAGACUUUGGCCUGGCGAGGCUUCAUGAAGAAGAAGACACCCAUAUAAGUACCCGCGUUGCAGGAACCUUUGGAUAUAUGGCUCCUGAAUAUGCAAUGAGAGGCUACUUAACUGACAAAGCAGAUGUCUAUAGCUUUGGAGUUGUUCUUCUGGAAAUUGUCAGCGGAAAGAGCAACGCUGGUUUUAAACCAAAGGAGGAGGAGGAGUACUUGAAUCUUCUCGACUGGGCUCAUCUCUUGAAGAAGGAAAUAAAAUUGAUGGAACUAGUUGAUUCCAGAUUGGGACCAGACGUCAACGAAAAUGAGAUCAUGUUGACAAUUGAAAUAGCCCUGCUUUGCACCAGUAUAUCUCCGGCCGCUAGGCCUAGUAUGUCAACAGUGGUGAGCAUGCUAGAAGGAAGAGUAGAGGAUCAAAAGUCGAUUCUAGACUCGAGUGCAUGGAGUGCCAGUGUGAAGGAAAUCAGUGAUGAGCAAUACCUGCUAUCAACUUUCGAUGAGAGCCAGCCGCAGAGCACGUCAAGUGACCUGCCAUUUACUGCAUCUUCAACAUCUGCUUCUGAUUUAUACCCCAUCAGUCUAGAGACUGGUUUUCUGGACGACGAGUCAUGAGGAAAUUGUCAUCUGCGACUGCCGAAAUAUUUUGGUAGUAUAUAUUUAAAUCGCUUCCUGUUGUUGUGGGAACAAAAAAUAAUUGUAGAUUUUACAUUAACAGUUUACCAAUUUGCACAACCUCAUUAGUGGAGUUGUCUCUA